UUUCACAAAAUUCUAUUUUAAGCUCUAUGCUUGGAUGAAAAUGUCAGGGCGACCGACCGUGACAACACUUAUUAAACUGUAAUAAAACGAAUCACGUGGUUGUUAAUGCGAUGCGUUGACUGUCUAGGCUAGGAACGUCCUUCAUUUAUAACAAAUGUUAAGGCCGAGACGGAGUGACAGUUCUCACUAUAGACAAUCGUCAAGUCUUGGGAAUACUCAACGACAAAAUAUCGUUAGAAUAUUUCAACAGGCAUAAUUUACGACGAAGAUGGAGCGCCUGGUUGUCUUUGGACUGUGUAUACAGGGGUACUUUGGCCUGAAAAUGGUGGACCUCAGUUAUGAAUUGGACUCGGAUGCAAUCACCUGGCCUUUUAACCCUCGCUUCAAUAUGUCAAUCAUGCAUCGCGGAAUGUGGGGCCACGCGUGGUUGGAAAACAACCGUAUUGAUCUUGCUGAGCACACAGGAACGCACGCUGACGCUCCUAACCACGUAGCAGCGGGAGAAGGACCCUGGAAAAAUCACCAGAUUCCCAUAGAACGACUGGCAGGUCCCGGUGUCAUAAUCGACGUGAAAGCCAAGGCCGAAGCGAACAGUGACUAUAGAGUCACUAAAGACGACAUCAUGGCCUGGGAAACGCGCAACGGCAGAAUCCCGUACGGAGCUGUUGUCCUGAUGAACUCAGGAUGGCAGAAGUACUAUCCAAAUUAUAAUGCUGUUUUCAAAACUAACAACAUCAGUGAUUCAACCAGCUACCACUUCCCCAGCUGGCACGAGGACGCAAUUGAUUGGCUUAUAUCAAGUCGUGUGGUGUAUUGCGUCGGAGUUGACACGCCCUCCACCGACUAUGGCCAAACAGAUACAUUCCCUGUUCAUCUUCUCCUCAGCAAGGAAAAUAUCAUUGGUAUAGAAAGUGCAGCGUACCUUGAACGACUGCCAGAAAGUGGAUCAACCAUCUUUGUAUCACUGCUGAAAAUCAGAGACGGGAGUGGAGGGCCUAUCAGGAUGUUCGCCACUUUGCCAGAGGACGAUGAAAACGAGUCAAAUAUGGCUGCCAUUAGUGUUGUGUCACCAACACUUAAACUUGCCUCGUUUCUGCUGCUCGGAAUACUAUGUUUUUGAACACAACCUCUUGGUAUAACCAUUUUCAGUAUAUAUUACGUAUUAAGUUUUUAUUCAGUAUAUACUUAGAGGUUAUUAUAUGACCAUAUCCAUAUACUUCUCCGUAUCAGCCCAAUGACUGAUGAUUCGAGGGCUAAAACGAUCAUCUGGUAAUAUAUCAGCAAUAACACAUAACACACGCAGAAAAGAUAUAUCUCCUAACAAGUAUGAUCACACUACUAUAAAUAAAACUCAAUUAACUGUAUAGCAAAUAUAGAUUGAUAUACAGUGUGUACACUACCAGUUUGAGGUGGGAUUUUUCUGAAAAGUGUUGAACCGGAAGUUAAACGCUUAUGGCGCGUGCCGGGCAGAUAUCGAGAAUGCUAGGUGGAUAUAGCGCGUGCAAGGUGGAUAUGUGUUGGUCCAGAAUAUGGCUUAUGCACAGCUAGCAGUAUCUCACAUACGAAACAACCCGUAUCACCGACAAGUAUAUAAUAAACCAUAAUAUAUUCUACCUAUAUAUAAACUUUUACUUAUUUGUAUAUUAUACAUUGACAUAUAAAUAAGAUCUUAAAUGUGUUUUCAUUUCAUAUGAGAUUUAUGAAACGAGGCCAAGAAUUUUUCAACUUAGCGAGCCUCUGAAAAAUUCGUGACGAGUUUCA